AUAUAAAGUUGUAUUUGAUGUAAAUGUUUCUUGGUUCAAGGAAGGCCGCCAGGAGGCUGCAGGACGGUCGUGAUGGCUCUGCAGAAAAACAUUAUAUGGAUGGGAUGUGGUCUUGGUGUGCGGGCCGGAGCUUUAUCUGCAGUACAGCAGCGCUACUCAUCAUCUGAUGCAAGAUUCUUGACCAAUCCCAACCUCUCUGCUGUUAAGAGAGGGCGUGGAGGACGUUCUUCCUUCUCUGGUAAUGUGGCAACUGUAUUUGGUGCUUCAGGCUUUCUAGGACGCUAUGUGUGCAACCGCCUUGGGAAGACUGGAACACAGAUUAUUAUCCCCUACCGUGGCGACCACUAUGAUGUGCUGCGGCUGAAGCUGGUGGGGGACUUGGGCCAGGUGCUCUUCAUGCCUUACCACCUGUGUGAUGAAGAUGCCAUACGAAAGGCCGUCAAGCAUUCCAAUAUUGUCAUAAAUUUAGUUGGACGAGAUUGGGAAACCAUGAAUUUUUCCUUUGAACAAGUUAAUGUGGAAGGUGCUCAACGCUUAGCCCAAAUCAGUAAGGAGAUGGGGGUCGAGAGGUUCAUCCACUUGUCUGCACUAAACUCCAAUGUUGAGCAUGAGGGUUUCUUGAUGAAAGGUGGCUCAAAGUUCUUGAAAACUAAAGGUCUCGGCGAGCAGGCUGUGUUGGAUGCUUUCCCAGAAGCUACUGUUUUCCGCCCUAGUGAUGUGUAUGGCCAAGAAGAUCGGUUCUUAAGGUAUUAUGCUGGAUUAUGGCGACAUCAAGGCCGUAUCAUGCCACUGCCCAAGGCUGGCAAGGAUGUUUGGAAGCAGCCAGUUUAUGUUGGGGAUAUUGCACAGGGUAUCAUCAAUGCCGUGAAUGAUCCUGAAACUGCUGGCAAAAUUUACGAGGCUGUUGGACCUCGUAGAUACGAACUUGUUGAGCUGGUCGACUGGUUCCACCGUGUCAUGCGAAAAGACUUUGGCUACAUGACCUACGACAUGAAGUGGGACUUAGUCUUUCAAGUGAAGGCACGCAUGACAGAGUUCCUUCCAUCGUGGCCAGUCAAUACCCUCACCAGGGAUAAAGUAGAGAGGGAAGGAGUAUCUGAUGUAACAACGGGUCUUCCCACUCUAGAGGACCUGGGAGUCACACUUACAAAGAUGGAGGAUCGUAUAGACUGGGAACUUAGACCAUUCAGAGCCGGCAGCUCCUAUGAUGAAGAACUUGGUGAAUUUGAACCCCCAAAACCUCCAAAAUACAUUGUAGCAAACUGAAGGAUUUUUUCACUUUUAAGACUUAACUCGUGGUAGUUGAUAAAUGACUUUUGUUACUCCUUAAUGUAAAUAGAAUGUGUUGCAUCAUAUGGCAUUUGUGACCUUUCUUUUUAUAUAAACCAUAGGUAGUGUUAAUGAAUACAAUCCAAGUUAAUGUCAAAACAAAAAUCUACAUUUAUUGAUAGUUAAAUUUGAAAAUAUUAACAUAGGUAAUUUAUGAUAUUGUAAAUAGUACUGUACAUGAAUUUUAUGCAAUUCAGCUGAUGUAGGUAUAUAUAAUAAAAACUUUUCAGUUCA